AUGCUAGAAAACUUUGUAGAAAUAGAUGAGACUUUUAUCGGAAUGAAAGAAAGAAAUGGCGAGCUAAUUGCCCGAGUAGUCCCUAACACUCAACAAAACACUUUGGAACCAAUAAUUAAAGAAAAUGUUAAGCAAGGAACUAAUGUCUACACUGAUGAAUGA